GGCCCAGGUGAGGCGCAGGUGAGGGCCCGGCGCGGCGCCUUCCGGCCUGGCCCCCGGCUCACCGCCCUCCGAGCGCGGCCGAGGGCCCGGGCCCCCGCGGGAAGGCGGUGCACGCCCUGCCCCGGCGCAGCUUCCGGGAGGGUCGCGGAGCUCCUGGCCGGCCGCAGCCCCGAAGCCCACGGACCCCAGAAAAGUAACCCCCGGGGCGCAGACCUGCGUGGAGACCGGACCCCUUCCCUGCGGGAGGUGCUCGCGCUUACCUGGCUGAGGACAAGUCCCUGGCAGGGCAGCGCUGGGGGUGAGCGCCCCCGGGCAGGGAGCAGCCUGUGCUCAGGGGUGAAAGGUCAGGACAAGGUCAGCUGCGAGGGGCUCGCCUUGCCUCCAGUCCCCCAGGCACACGCAGUGGCACUGCAGCUUUGCCUGGGGGAGACGUCGCUGCGAUAGACGGAAAUCUAGCCCACGCCCGCUUCAGGUUGGCCCGAGAGGGCCCUACCGCUGCCCGGAGGGCCGGGCUGCUUCUCCCUUGUACCCUGACCCUGGCCUGCCUAAGCUUGGGGGAGAGCCCCGUUCUGGGAGUCCUGGCAGUCAAAAGUCUACUUAAAAAGUGGGCAAAGGAUGCUCGGAGUAUAAGUGGAGCGAUGAAGACCUAAACUCUGAAACAUUUUGCAAACAUUGAUUGCUGAGUCAUCACACUGAAACUGGACUGGAAGAGAAUUUCAAGAGCUUGUUCACGUCAAGAAUGAACCAGCCCGAAAAGUGUCACCAGGCCUGGAUUCAUGGUAAUCAUUCUUUUUAACGCACAAAGAAGCAUUUGCAGACUUUAUUUCAUUGGCCUCUCUUGAGGACCUUUUGGGGUCAAUAAAACCCCUAUUCUCUUAGAGAGAAGAUGGAGGCCCAGGGUAAGAAGAGGGGCAGGGAAGUGACGUUUGUGUGUGCUUCUACGUGAGCAUGCUGCAAGGUGGCUCAGAAGCAUUUUCUUAUUGAAUCUUCGCGGCAGCUGAGAACACUGAGGCCAAGAAGCAUGGGUAACCGGCCCAAGGGCCCCCAGCUAGCCGGACUCUAAGAGGCCUGCUGUUUCUCUGGGGCCGCAUGCGCCGCUGACGGUGACAUCGCACCAGUGUGCUCGCUCUCCUCCCAGGAUGUGAAAGGGGCAGGAAAAUAGACUUGCCUCUGCACGGCCCUCCCCGGCUGCUAGAAUGUUUCUCAUGAACGCCCCUCCUGUGGUGGCUCUCCAGUCGAAAUGGGAGGCCUUUGGCCCGCCCGGGGGCUUUAGGUUCCCCGGGUGCUUCUCAGAGCCGAAAGAGGGCGUGGCAAGAGCUUCGGUGAGCGCCAAGGUGCAGAUGCUCAUCAGCACGCUGCAGAGCGACGAGGCUGCUCUGGGCAUGAGCGAUGAGCACACCCUGCAGAGAAGCCAGAGGGCAGAGAGAGGCCGCGACACCAGGCUGGCCGCCAGCCCCACAUUUGCAGCCUGUGGACUUGCUGCUGAUUUUGACUCCAAGAGGGAGGAGGGAGCCACAGACUUUGGCCCCUUGGUGCUGGAUUCAGAUAGUGAUGAUUCCGUGGACCGAGACAUUGAAGAAGCCAUCCAGGAGUACCUAAGGGCCAAGAGCGGGGCCGCCCAGCCACCUGGAGCCACCGAUGGGGACAGUCGGUGCAGACCAGAGCCUCAGAGCAGCGCCCCGACUCCCCUGUGUCCCCUAAAACCUGCACCGGGCUCCGGAGGUGUCCCUGGCAGCCACGGGGGAACCAGCGAGGACCAGGGCUCUGCCUCCCCGGUUAGUGUGAGCAGCGACGACUCCUUCGAACAGAGUAUCCGGGCAGAAAUAGAACAGUUUCUGAGUGAGAAAAGACAACACGAGACCCAAAAAUGCGAUGUUCCUGCAGAUAAAAAAACAGACCCCAACGGCAAUUUGGCAAAAUUGUCAUUCAGAUCCAGCAAAGAGCCACAUCAUCAGCAGGAUCUGACGGGAGCUUGUAAGGAGUUUGUCUUCCGGAAACCUCCCAGGUUAACAAAGGUGAAUGCACAGCCCAGGGGCCUCAGGUCUCAGGUCACCACCGAGCCGGAGGGCUUGGGCGGCACAAAGCCAGCAGCCCCCAAGCCCGCCGCCGCCUGCCGCCCUGCAGAAGCAGCCCAGAGUAAAGGGGCCAAGAGGAGCGUCGGCCUCAGGAGGGGGGGAAGGCGAGUCAGGAGCGCAGCCCUGGUGCGUGAGGCGUCCGACUCCAGCAGCGACGACGGCAUCGAGGAGGCCAUCCAGCUGUACCAGCUGGAGAAGAGAAAGGAGGCAAGUGGGGACCCGCUGCGGAAAACCCCGCCUGGAGAGGAGAAGGGGCCUGACCCCUCUGCACACAGCACAAGCCCCUCCAUGAAAAGUGCCUUGCCUGAAACCCACAGGAGAACACCGAGCAAGAAGAGGCCGGCGGCCACAAAGGCCGUGGACCUCGGCCCAGGUGGCCUUAACCCUGACCAUCCCUCCAAGCCACCGAAGGAAACCAAAGCUGCACCCCCAGUAAACACAGCUGCCAAAAGCGAGUCUGCGGACCGGUCUUCGUGCCGGGCAGACACGUCUGCCGAGCUGAUGUGCGCUGAAGCCAUCCUGGACAUUUCCAAAACGAUCCUGCCGGCCCCCGAGGAGGGCAGUGACAGACCCCUGUCCGCCAGCCCGUUCUUCCAUCCCCUGAACGUGCCUUCCCACUCCGAUGGCGACAGCAGCUCUGUGGACAGUGAUGACAGCAUAGAGCAGGAAAUCCGGACGUUUCUGGCUCUGAAGGCUCAGUCGGGGAGUCUGCCGGCCAGAACGGAAACCUGCCCGCAGUCCGCGCAGUGCCCACUGCCGUCGCCUGGCCCCCACAGCCAGGCUGGUGGCCUCAAGGCUUCUGUCUCUAAAACGCUGGACCUAUCGCUGGGCUGCAGAAGAAAACGCAGAGGGGGCAGCAGCACUGCGCGGCCAUGCGCGCCCAAGAAAACGAGGGAGACGGCGAAGGAGGGCGCCCAGGACGCUGACCACAGCCAGCGGAAAACACAGCCCGGCCAGGAAAAAGGCAGCGAGGCCCCUGGAAGGGAAGGCGAGAGCAGGGGCCAGCCUCUGCCCUGCAGGACUGUGGAGCUGGGUGACGAGCUCGUGGCCCCGGAUGCAAGAGGCGGCGCGUCGCCAGGCCACGGGAAGGCAGCUGAGGCGAGGCGCGGAGACGAGAAGGAGAGCUCCGACGACAAGAGCAGCUCGCUGGACAGCGACGAGGACCUGGACACCGCCAUUAAGGACCUGUUACGGUCCAAGCGAAAGCUCAGAAGGCGGAGUAAGGAGCCCCGAGCUGCGUGCAAGAAGAGGGUCAGGUUCAGCACCACCCAGACGCAGUUCUUGGGUACACUGGGCUGCUUCCAGAAAGGCUGGAAAGACAAGAGCCCGCACUUGUUGAAAAGCUGCCUCUCAAAGCCCAGAAAAGAUGGCAGGGAGAACCCGGGGAGAAAACCCGUGAGCGUCUUCUGCAGAGAAACAGAGAGAACAAAGGCAGACGGCGCCGGGCCCAGGGAGGUGCCCCCAGCCCUCUGGUUAAGGAGAAGGGCCUCGGAAGGGACUUUGUUCUCCAAGGGAACGGAAGCCCGGGAAUUUCAAGGCUCGGCCCCCAGCCCCGGUUCCCUCUCGGACGACAGCAGUUCCGUGGACAGCGACGACAGCAUCGAACUGGAGAUUCGGAAGUUUUUGGCAGAAAAGGCCAAGGAGGCCGUGAGCGGGUCAGAAAUUCCAGGAGGGGGCCCCACGGCUCUGGGGACAGGGAGCGGGCCCGGGCCAGAGCCACCGCUGUGCCGAAAGGGGCCGCCACCUGCCCUGGCCCUGCAGCCCGGCAUGUGCACGCGGAGCCAGAGGGGCAGGGGGGCCUCCCAGCCGCCCGAGGGACUGCGGGGCGCCGGGAGAGCCCUCAUCCCCGGCGGGAGGAGCAGCCCCCGCGCCGAGCAGGCCGGCCUCCCUGCAGCCCUGGCCAGAGGGGAGCUGGCGGUGCCCAGGAGCGCCAGUGGGACUGUAUCAGCCAGAGGGUCACCAGCUGGUAGGAGAAACGCUUAUGCUCACAAAGACCAGAGUCCUCGAGGAGCUGAGCCCGCCGCUGGGGACAGUGCUUUCGGGCAGCUGCCAAGUGGGGCAGAAGCUGGCACCCGGGCUGAGAGCCCUGCUGGUGCUUUUCCCGGGACCCCACGGAGCCGGGGCUCACUGACUCGGAACCUGGGAGCCAAGAGGGAAGGGGGACCCCCCACCAGCCUCGCCCUCCCGUGGAGUGACUUUGCCCACCAGAGUCAGCUGCAGAGCACAUGGGCGCUGAGCCCGGAAGGCAGAGAGGCGGCGUGGAAAGGGGGCCUUGGGAGCGAGAGGGAGAGGGGGCCGCAGGGCCAGAGCUCGCCCAGCCUCGCCGUGGACCCCAAGAAAGGCCUGCCCUUUGCAGGCUUCUCUCCGCUGCUCUCCACGCAGUUAUUUCACUUUGGAAAGAGUGUCUCCUGGGGGGGCAAGCCGGCCAGCCUCUUCAGUGCCCCCCUGAGUCUGCCUCUGCAGGGCCCCUCCUUCUCGGCCUUCCGGGAGACCCAGGCCGGCCACGGCCCUGUGUUUGGAGGCCCGCACUUGCUCAUGAAGAAGGAAGGUGGACACUGGCCGAGUAGGAAGUCCCAGGCGGGGCUCAGUUUGCAGGACAGGAGGAACUCGGGUCCAGAAGAGAACCUUCUAGACCUGCGGUAUAGACGGAGGGUGGCGGACAGGGAGGAGGAAGACCCGGAGGCCUUGGGCAGUGACGCCAGUGAAUUCAGUGACACCUCCGUGGAGGAGGGCAGUGGCCCGCUGGCACAGGGCAAAGUCCUCAAGCUGUGAGUACACUUCCUGGUUCUCAGUGAGUUGGUGGAAAGCGUAUACACGUGCGUGUUUCUGUGUGGGUGCAGACAAGGCCUGUGACCACAGGAGAGCAAACUGGAAACCGCUAUACAUAGCCCUGUAUAUAUGUACACUAACACGAAACGAUGUUUUUAUUUAACAGAUGUGUCCUGGUAAUAUGAUUUUUGUAGCUUUUUUUGUAAAUUAUUUAAAGUGCUGUAAAAAAUAUUUUUGGAAAAUAGAGUUGUUCGUUUUUGUAGGGCGUUCCUAACUGCGGUUCCCCGUGGUCUCCGUACGAGUCUUAGGUUAGCAGCACUGGUUC